CGGCACUAAAACGCUUGGAUUUGUGUCACAUUCAGUCAAGACACCCAAAAUGGCAGGUCCAGAUUUAGUCAAAACUGUGGUGUACAUGAUUAAUAAUUUAUUACAGCAAGAAAAGUAUAAAGCUGCACUUGCAGUUGUUAAAGGAUUCCGAAAUGGUGCUGUUUAUGGGGCAAAAAUCCGGGCACCCCAUGCUCUUGUCAUGACGUUUCUUUUCAGAAGUGGAAGCCUGAAAGAUAAGCUGCGAGCCAUUGUGAAGGCCACGUACCAACACUCGCGCAACCUCGCCUACUUUGUGUUCACGUACAAAGGACUGCAGGCCUUACAGGAGAGGAUCCAGGGGAAGAGUCUACAGUCUCAGUCCUUCUUUGCCGCCUGCCUUGGUGGCUGGUUGGUGUUUGGGGAAAACAACAACAUCAAUAGCCAGAUCAACAUGUACCUGCUGUCUAGGAUCCUGUUUGCCUUGUCUCGCCUGGCCGUGGAGAAAGGCAUUGUACCACAGCCCAAGCGGGACCCCUUCCCCCUGUUUGCUACCCUGGUGUGGGGCAUCGUGCUGUGGCUGUUCGAGUACCACCCCCACACCCUGCAGCCUUCACUGCAGUCCUCCAUGAACUACCUCUACCACGACAGCAACGUGUGGCACGAUAUCUCAGACUUCCUUGUCUACAACAAGCCAAGGACUGUCGCUCCCAAGUGAGCUAAAGCUAAAAUAAGCAUCUCAAUAGACUAAAGUGUCUUCCUCGUCUCCUUUCCUUCAUCUGGUCUGAAAGACCUGGACAGGGUGGAAAGCAAAUUCCCAUUAUGACUUUAGACUGUUGGGAUGCAGGCCUGGGCCCGUAUUUGAAGUGUCUCAGAGUAGGAGGGCUGAUCUAGGAUCAGUUUUGCCUUUUAGAAAAGAAUGAAUGAGAUGAUACAUACAUACAGUACCAGUCAAAAGUUUGGACACACCUACUCAUUCAAUGGUCUUUAUUUUUACUAUUUUCUACAUUGUAAAAUAAUAGUGAAGACAUCAAAACGAUGAAAUAACAUAUGGAAUCAUGUAGUAACCAAAACAGAUAUUUUGGUUUGCCUUGAUGACAGCUCUGUACACUCUUGGCAUUCUCUCAACAGCUUCACCUGGAAUGCUUUUCCAACAGUCUUUGAAGGAGUUCCCACAUAUACUGAGCACUUGUUGGCUGCUUUUCCUUCACUCUGCGGUCCAACUCAUCCCAAACCAUCUCAAUUGGGUUGAGGUCGGGUGAUUGUGGAGGCCAGGUUAUCUGAUGCAGCACUCCAUCACUCUCCUUCUUGGUCAAAUAGCCCUGUCACAGCCUGGAGGUGUGUUGGGUCAUUGUGCUGUAAGCGAAAACCAGAUGGGAUGGCAGAAUGCUGCAGUAGCCAUGCUGGUUAAGUGUGCCUUAAAUUCUAAAUAAUUCACAGACCGUGUCACCAGCAAAGCACCAUCACAUCUCCUCCUCCAUGCUUCACGGUGGGAACCACACAUGCGGAGAUCAUCAGCUCACCUACUCUGUGUCUCACAAAUACACUGCGGUUGGAACCAAAAAUCUCAAAUUUGGACUCAGACCAAAGGACAGAUUUCCACUAGUCUAAUGUCCAUUGCUCGUGUUUCUUGGCCCAAGCACGUCUAUUCUUCUUAUUGGUGUCCUUUAGUAGUGGAUUCUUUGCAGCAAUUCAACCAUGAAGGCCUGAUUCACGCAGUCUCCUCUGAACAGUUGAUGUUGAUGUGUCUGUUACUUGAACUCUGUGAAGCAUUGGCUGCAAUUGGCUGCAGUUUCUGAGGUGCAGUUAACUCUAAUGAACUUAUCCUCUGCAGCAGAGGUAACUCUGGGUCUUCCUUUCCUGUGGUGGUCCUCAUAAGAGCCAGUUUCAUCAUAGCGCAUGAUGGUUUUUGCGAUCACUUAAAGAAACGUUCAAUGUUCUUGACAUUUUCCGGAUUGGCGGACCUUCGUGUCUUAAAGUAGUAAUGGACUGUCGUUUCUCUUUGCUUAUUUGAGCUGUUCUUGCCAUAAUAUGUACUUGUUCUUUUACCAAAUAGGGCUAUUUUCUGUUUACCACCCCUACCUUGUCACAACACAACUGAUUGGCUCAAAUGCAUUAAGAAGGAAAGAAAUUCCACAAAUUCACAAGGCACACCUGUUAAUUGAAAUUUAUUCCAGGUGACUACUUCAUGAAACUGAUUGAGAGAAUGCCAAGUGUGUGCCAAGCUGUCAUUAAGGCAAAGGGUGGCUACUUUGAAGAAUUUAAAAUAUAAAAUAUCUAGAUUUUGGUUACUACAUGAUUCCAUAUGUGUUCUUUCAUAGUUUUGAUGUCUUCACUAUUAUUCUACAAUGUAGAAAAUAGUAAAUAUAUAGAAAAACCCUUGAAUGAUUAGGUGUGUCCAAACUUUUGACUGGUACUGUAUAUCGCCAAGAUCAGCACUAUUUGUAAAUACGGGUCCUGGUUCUCUGCCAUGUUAAAUCAAGAGCUAGUGAUUAUAAACCUUUAAAGAAAUGAAAUAUUUUUUAAUAAAUGUUGGCUUUCAGUAAGAACUAUGUGCUCCUAGAUCUAGUGUAAGUGAAAUAAAUAAUAUCUGAAAAGGUGUGAAGCGCAUUUGCUCUCCCUGUCAAUCUAGAAUUGUAUCAGUUUUUAUAUGCUACUGUAGUUUAAAACAGGGUUUCACAAGCUCGGUCCUGGGGGCAUGUUUUGGUUUUUGCCCGGGCACUACACAGCUGAUUCAAGUAAUCAAAGCGUGACUAUGAGUUGGUUAUUUGAAUCAGCUGUGUAAACCAAAAUGUGGCCCCCAGGAACAGGUUUGGGAACCCCUGCUUAAGACUAUGCACUACCUACAGUCUUUUUUCCCAAUGCACUCACCGCACUUGAUUCAUAGAAUAACAUAUUUUCCAGUAAUUACUAGAUUCUUUGUAAUGUUUAUUUUUUUUCUUUCAUAAGAUGAUAGCGUGAUACAAAAUGUACUUAAAAGUGAAUUGCCUUUCUUAGCCAUACUUUCAUUUAACAAUGCUUUUUCAUUUAUUGAGGACACAUUCACUGUGCUAUUCAUGGUAAAGUAUGUGUCCUUUUCAGAUCACACUUUACAAUGUUUUUUUUGUUUGUUGUAAUUGGUGUAAAAACAAGAAUAGUCUGACCUAUUCUUACUUUCUCAAUCUUUUUUUAUGUCUAGCAUUGAGCCUUUGGGCUGUUUGUUACUCAAUUCAUGUUCCACCUGUGGAGUGUGAGUGAACAUGAUACAAGCCCAAUUCUGUUUCUCCCUCCCUCAUGGAGUAUGCAUGCAUUCAGUCCCCCUCAAGGAUUUCAAACCAAACCAUUGGAUUGAGGGAGCCUCAAUCAUAUUCCUUUCACCAACCCAUUCCUCACUAAAUUCUUCUGCUUAGAAUUGGAAUUGGCCUACAGAUUACAUUGUUAUCUAAUUAUACAGGCACUUCAAAUGCAACACAAUAAAUGCUGCUUUUAUGA